CAAUAAUAAAUUGUUUUCGCAGUACGGAAAUGAGUUUCUUGGAGGCCAUACUCAGGAUACCACUUACUCGAAAACAACCAAUUCUGUACGGGUUCAUGUUCCUUUUUGGUAUUUCCAGUCUUUUCACACUUUCAUCAAGAAUAGACAUGCGUCAGGAAUCGGACCUGGUUCGUCAACUGGUUGAAUCACAAACAGAGUAUAAUAAACUGGAUGACAACUACAGAAAAAAAGUAGAAGAAGUGCAAGUCCUACGUCAGCAAUUGGAGACUUUGAAGAACGAUUCCCCAACUAAAGUUAUGAGCGAAACUCAAACUAAUUCGAAGACAGUUUCACACAAUGUGAUAAACUUGAAGCCGUUUCAAGAGAACCCCAUUGAUUCCUCUGAUAUGAUGCGUCUGCCCAGUGGCUAUGACUUCUUACCUCAUCUACUACUCAGUCCAUCCAGUAUCAACCCUUCUUUUAUUCUGUCUAAAGGGCGGACAGGAGUUUCAGUAGCAUUUGGUAUACCGACAGUCAAACGUGAAGAUCAGAUUUACGUCCUUGCCACGUUGCAGAAUCUAUUAGAUGGCAUGUCUCAAGUAGAAAAAGAUAAUACUAUUAUCAUUGUGCUUAUAGCUGAGACUAAUGAGGACUAUAUUCUUCAAAUAACAAAUAGCAUCCAACACGACUUCCAACCGCACUUGGAUUCAGGGCUGAUAGAGGUGAUUGUUCCUGCAGCAUCGUUCUAUCCCGAUCUGUCUAAAAUCAAAACAAAUUAUUUGAAUGAACCCACUGACCGGUUCUACUGGCGUACCAAGCAAAACCUGGACUUCGCCUACCUGAUGAUGUACUCGCAUACAAAAUCCAAGUACUAUGUCCAACUGGAAGACGAUAUUCUUGCAAUACCUAAUUUUGCAACUAUUAUGGUGAAAGCUGCACAUGAGGAAACAGCUACGAAAGAGUCCUGGGUGGUGAUAGACUUCUGCAACUUGGGGUUUAUCGGAAAAUUAUUCAAGUCGGUUGACUUACCACAAUUUGCUCAAUUCUUAUUGAUGUUCCACACUGCGAAGCCAGUUGAUUGGUUACUGCAUUAUUUCAUAUCCACCCUGGUUUGCCACUUGGAAAAAGACCAUAUAUCUUGUAAUAAAGCUAAAAGUCAGGUAUGGAUUCACAAACCACCUUUAUUCCAACAUGUAGGUACUCAAUCUUCAUUGAAAGGAAAAGUACAGAACUUGAAGGACAGUGAAUUUGGAAAGGUCGCCCUCUACUUUCCUCAUCAAAAUCCGGAUGCAUCAGUCUACUCGGAGGCCAUUGGCUAUAAACGUCACACUCUGCAGCAAGUCUACACAGGCAAAAAUUUCUUCUGGAGUCUGCAAUCUCAAUAUAUGGAUCACAUGUGGUUCGUUUUCAAAGAGCCACUGAUUAUAAAAAGGUAUUUAUUUCGAAGUGGCAAUGCAGAACAUCCAUCAUACAUAUUUUGCAACACAUCAGUAGAAGUACUUCCGAAGAACCCUUUGCCAGAAUCAGAAAGAUUACCACGAACAGAUGAUGGCUAUAUUGUUGUGG